AUGGCGACAAGAGAAGUAAUAAACAGAGGCGUAUAUCUGGUCUUGUUCCUGAUGUUCAACACCUGCAGACCAGAAGGUAAUAUAGCUGCUUUAAAGUCUGCCCAGCAAAGCAGCAACCAACAUACGGGAAAAUGGCUAGCAGAAGCGGCAGUGGAUACUUGCACAAAUACAGAUAUAGCCUCUGAUUGUUGUACACACACGUCUGUAGCUGGGAAUCCUAAGACCGUUUGGUGGCGUGUAGAUCUAGGACAGAGGAGCACCAUUGACACAAUACAAAUAAUUUAUAGAGCUGGAUUUGGGGAAAGAUUAGGAGGUUACCACCUUUAUAUAUCUAAUAACACGGAUUCCCCAACAAACGGUGUCCGCUGUUAUGAGGAUACGAGUACUACUGAAGCAACGGUACAACUGAAUAUAAUACAUCAGUGCCCGUAUGUUGGCCGGUAUGUUACUGUAUACAACUACAGAAACGUUCCACCACGAUACACCUGGUAUGAUGCUAGAGCUGUGCUGGAGUUAUGUGAGGUUAUAGUUCUUGGAUGUGCAGCAGGCCAUUACGGUGAUGGCAACUGUGAAAAGGAUUGCCCAGAAACUUGUUACGGAGGCAACUGUAACCCGAAAUCUGGCUCCUGCUUUUACUGUUUCCCGAGAAAGUAUGGCAGUGCUUGUGACAUGGAUUGUUCUACGAACUGUAAAGGCAGCCUCUGUAAUAAAGACUCUGGACAUUGUUUAGAAUGCGUUACCGGAAAGUAUGGCAAUAUAUGUGAUCAAGACUGUUCUGCUAACUGUAAGAAUAGCUUGUGUGAGAAGGCCAACGGAAAUUGUUAUGGUUGUGUUCGUGGAAAGUAUGGCGAUUUAUGUGAUCAAGACUGUUCAGAUAACUGUAAUGAUAGCUUGUGUGAGAGGGCCAACGGAAAUUGUUUUGGUUGUGUUCGUGGAAAGUAUGGCGAUUUAUGUGAUCAACACUGUUCAGUUUACUGUAAUGAUAGCUUGUGUGAGAAGGCCAACGGAAAUUGUUUUGAAUGCGUUCCUGGAAAGUAUGGCGAUACAUGUGACCAAGACUGUUCUGCGCACUGUAAUAAUAACUUGUGCAUGAAGUCGAACGGAUACUGUAUUGAAUGUAUUCCUGGAAAGUAUGGCGAUACAUGUGACCAAGACUGUUCUGCAGACUGUAAUAAUAACUUGUGCAUGAAAUCCAAUGGAUACUGUAUUGGAUGCGUUGAUGGACUUUAUGGGACAAACUGUUCAAUGCCCUGCAACAGCAAUUGUUCCGAGUGUUAUCAACAAAACGGUGAAUGUACAAAAUGCAAGCCGGGUCUCUACGGAAUGAGUUGCAACACGUCGUGUGGCCACUGUAGUAGUUGUAAAAAAGACACUGGUCUGUGUGUGGAUGAAUGUGAUCCUGGAUACCAAGGACCUUACUGUGAAACAAGACAAGAUCAGAGGUCAGAUACUCCUGGAGCGGUAGACACAGGGUCAAUAGUCGGAGCUUUAGUAGGCGUGGUUGUCGUCCUUGUCAUCGCCGCGGUCAUAGUUGUCAUCAUCAGGAGACGGCGACUGAGUGCCAGUAAACAAGACUCCUUCGAUGAUAUAGGUCAUCACAAAGACUACGAUGGGAAUGUGUACGACCAACCAUUAGAGCGAGUAGACUCGCAUGCUGACAGUGGUAUCGCUGAAAGAAACGUCUAUAGCAAUGCUUUAGUGCCUGACGAAAAACCAGACGAACUACCAAACGACUCCGCCAACGUAUACGUCAAUGCUGAAAAUGUGUCUAGGAAAUCAGACAUUGGAGAUAACGUCUACUACAAUUCCGGUCCUGUUGGAUUUCCUGUUUCUGACCUCAAGUCUUUAGUAAUUGCUAAGAUGAAAAACAAGUCAAAAGCCUUCGAGAUUGAAUACAAGUCUAUACCAUAUGGAGCUUUACAUGAGCAUAAAAUUGGAAUGCUUCAACAAAACAAAGCCAAAAAUCGAUUUAAGACCACGUUUCCCUAUGACCAUUCUCGUGUAAUCCUUGGCACAGUUGGGAACGACCCGCACUCAGACUAUAUCAAUGCCAAUUAUAUUGAUAGCGCCACAAAAACUGCAGAAUAUGUCGCUACACAAGGUCCAAGGCCUGGAACUGUUAACGACUUUUGGCGUAUGAUCUGGCAACUUAGGACUGGCAAAAUUGUCAUGUUGACCAAUCUGGUAGAAGGAGCAAAGCCUAAAUGUGAUAAAUACUGGCCAGAUGAGGGAGAACCAAUGUCAACUACACAUUUCAACAUCAUCCUGGAUAGGGAACGAUCUUAUGCCUUUUAUGUCAUCCGGGAUCUUACAGUAACUGAAAAGAAGACGAAGACCGUACGACAAGUACAUCAAUUCCAUUACACCACGUGGCCCGACCAUGGGACACCGGACCCUAAUGAACUUGUUGUAUUCCAUCGUCGCGUGAAGAAUUAUCAGAAUGCCUUAACAGGAAAGAUGGUGGUUCAUUGCAG